UUAGCUUUUUGUGGUUCACUUGUGUCUUCAAGGUUCACCAAGAAACAUUUUAAAUCAUCAAAUUAAAUUAUUAAAAAUUUCAAUUAAUUAAAAAAAACUUUUUUAUUUUCCCUUCGAAACUCAUGCAGCAAGGGACGGAAGGAGGAGAAAGUGGUGGAGUAGUAUGGGGAGUGACUCGCGGUGUAUCAAGACCAGCUGAACGUGUCAGAGGGGCCGGUUUUGUACGUCAUAAUCAUCAUCAACAACAACAACAACAACAACAACAGCGUUAUUUUAAUUUAAAUUCAACAACUUUAACUAAUAAUAAUAUGUCAUGUGCUCCGGAACAAUUAAAAAGUGAAAAUGAAAAUGAAAAGACAACAGUAUUUCAAGAACCAGAAUUAUUUUCAAAAGGUUUUCCAAUAUUUGAAGAAAUUAGAAGACAAGGAAAAUUAUGUGACGUCACACUCAAGGUUGAAGGACAAACAUUUAGUGCACAUAGAGUUGUACUGGCUGCAACAAUUCCAUAUUUUCAUGCAAUGUUUUUAAAUAACAUGGUAGAAAGUAAACAAAAAGAUAUAACACUUCAGGGUUUCGAUGCUGUUGCAUUGGAAGCUUUGAUAAAUUUUGCAUAUUCUGGUAAAGUAACAUUAAACAAAGACAAUGUACAAAGCAUCAUGAUGGGUGCAUCAUUUUUACAAUUAACAAAAGUACGUGAUGCAUGUGCUGAUGUAUUGAUAUCACAUCUUCAUCCUUACAAUGCACUUGGUAUAUGUAAUUUUGCUGAUAGAUUAAAUUGUGUAACACUAGUCGAAGAAGCAACAAAAUAUAUAACACAAUAUUUUUAUCAAGUAUCAAAUUCAGAUGAAUUUUUAUCAUUAACAAUAAAUGAUGUUAAUAAUUUAAUAUCACAAGAUGAACUUUAUGUAUCAUCAGAGGUACAAGUAUUUGAAGCUGUUAUAAGAUGGAUUAAACAUAAUAAAGAUGAUAGAAUUAAAUAUUUAUCAACAUUAUUAAAAUUUGUUAAGCUACCAUUACUUAGUCCAGAAUAUCUAGUCGAACAUGUUGCAAAAGAGGAUCUUAUUAAAAGAUGUCACGAGUGUAGAGAUUUAUUAGAUGAAGCCAAAGAUUGUCAUUUGAUACCUGGUAGAAAAAAUCUACUGGAUAGUUAUAGAUUUAGACCAAGAGUUUGUAAUAAUAUUGUUGGACAUAUAUUUGCUGUUGGUGGUUUAACAAAAUAUGGUAAUUCAUUGAGUACAGUUGAGGUGUAUGAUCCACAUAAUCAGGUGUGGCGAAGAUCAGAGGCAAUGACAAUGGAUAGAUCACGAGUUGGUGUUGCUGUUCAUGAGAAUAAAUUAUAUGCAUUUGGUGGAUAUAAUGGAGUUGAAAGAUUAUCAACUGUUGAAGUUUAUCAUCCUGCAUUGAGAUCAUGGAAAAUUAUUGCACAAAUGCAUUGUAAAAGAAGUGCUGUUGGAACAGCUGCAUUGAAUGAUUAUCUAUAUGUUUGUGGUGGAUAUGAUGGUUUGAUAUCAUUGAAUACUGUUGAAAGAUACUGUCCAUCAACUGAUAAAUGGGAAAUGUUACGUUCAAUGAAUAAGCAUAGAUCUGCUGGUGGAGUUGUUGCUUUCGAAGGUUAUAUUUAUGCUCUUGGUGGACAUGAUGGUCUAUCAAUAUUUGAUUCAGUUGAACGUUAUGAUCCACAAACAAAAGAAUGGACAACUGUCAAGCCAAUGUUGAAACGUAGAUGUCGACUUGGUGUUGCAACAUUGUUUGGAAAAAUGUAUGCUUGUGGUGGAUAUGAUGGAACAUCAUUUUUAAGAACUGUUGAAGUUUAUGAUCCGAAAAAGGAUACAUGGGAAUUUGUUGCUUCAAUGAACAUGAUGAGAAGCCGAGCAGCUCUAGUCGCAAAUAUGGGAAAAUUAUGGGCCAUUGGUGGCUAUGAUGGUGACAGUAAUCUUUCAGAAGUUGAAGUUUAUGAUCCACAAACAAAUAAAUGGACAUAUGCAGCACCAAUGUGUGCUCAUGAAGGUGGUGUUGGUGUUGGAGUCAUUCCAAACCCUUAUUGUUGAAAAAAAAAACAAUUUUAUCUAUAGAAAAUUUUUUAAAAAUCAAAAAUACCGAAAUUAUUAUGUUAUAAACAUCAAAAUUUUAUAUUUUCUUUUAAAUUUUUAUUGACUUAAUUUUUGUUGAUAAAAAAUAGUCCAUUUUUUUUUUUUUUAAAUUUUAAUGAACAGAUCUUGCCUAGAAAAAUAAACGAGUCAAUUUUUUAUCGUACGAAAUAAUAUCGAAAUUUUUAAACAACAAAUUAUAAUUAAAUAAUUUUAUUUACAAUUUUUUUUCUAUCUUUUUUUUAUUGUUAUUUAGACAAUGGUUUUUUAUUGUUUAAAUUAAUUAAAGUUGAUUAGACAGUAGACUGUAUGAUUAAUAAAAUAUUUACAAAUUUUUUACAUAAAAUUUUUUUUAUUAUAGAAUUUAAUAAAAAUCAUUCCUAAAUGAUGAAAAAAAUAAAAUUGUCAAUUUUUAUAAUUUUUAAUAAACAUUAUUAUUUUGUAAAUAAAAAUUUAUUUAAUAAAAAAAAAUU